GGACUUUAGAGGAGGAAAGUACUGGGCCUGCUGGGGAUGAGUAAAUUCCUCAAGGUUCUGGAUGGGGGAUUCUUAGAACCUUCUGUGCUAUGGAUUGAGCAGAGGGACUCAGAGGAUUUAGUCAUCGCACUCAAAGCAACCAGCUUCCCUGCUGAGCCGACUAGUAUGUGGCGGAAGGAUGACAUCGCCCCUGAGGAAGCCGUUCUGCCUGUUCCGCUGCGGUGAUUUCUUCUGAGAUGAGCUGAUGCUUUAGUGGCUGACCAUGGCCCAGCGGGCAGUGUGGCUUAUAAGCCACCGACCGAGAACUGCACUUUGUGGCACCGUGAGGUUCUCAAGACGUUAUCCAACUGUUGAAAAACGAGCCAAAGUCUUCAAUGGAACAAGUUAUGUGUCUAUUCCUGAGGAUGGUCCAUUUCUUAAAGCAUUACUCUUUGAACUUAGAUUAUUGGAUGAUGAUAAAGACUUCGUGGAGAUUCGUGAUAGCUGUUCGCACAUCAAUAAAACAUCUGUCUAUGGACUCCCCAUAGGAGGUGAAGAACUCUGGCCAGUUGUUGCUUUUCCAAAGAAUGGCAUGAUAUAUGCUUGUGUGCCACUAGUAGAACAAGCUCUAUCCCCUCAUCCACCAUUAAUUAGCAUUAGUGGAAUUUCACAAGGUUUUGAACUUCUGUUUGGGAUACAGGAUUUUCUUUACUCAGGUCAAAAAAAUGACACUGAGCUAAAUACAAAAUUGAGCCAGCUGCCUGACUUGCUUCUGCAGGCUUGUCCUUUUGGUACUUUAUUAGAUGCCAACUUACAGAAUUCAUUGGAUAAUAUCCAUUUCACUUCCGUGACUCAGCCACAGAAACAGCCAGCCUGGAAAGCUGGAACAUACAAAGGAAAACCACAGGUUUCUAUUUCUAUCACUGAAAAGGUAAAAUCCAUGCAAUAUGACAAACAGGAUAUAGCAGAUACAUGGCAAGUUGUUGGAACAGUCACUUGCAAGUGUGAUCUGGAAGGAAUUAUGCCGAAUGUUACCAUCAGCUUGAGUCUUCCCACCAAUGGAUCGCCACUUCAGGAUGUUCUAGUUCAUCCUUGUGUGACUUCUCUUGACUCAGCCAUUCUGACUUCUAGUAGCACUGAUGAAAUGGAUGAUUCUGCAUUCAGUGGGCCUUACAAAUUCCCAUUCACUCCACCUUUAGAGUCAUUCAACUUGUGCUACUACACUUCCCAGGUCCCUGUCCCUCCAAUUUUGGGUUUUUAUCAAGUGAAAGAAGAAGAAACACAGCUAAGAAUAACAGUUACUUUAAAACUUCAUGAAAGUGUGAAAAAUAAUUUUGAAUUCUGUGAAGCCCAUAUACCUUUUUACAAUAGAGGUCCAGUUACGCAUUUGGAAUACAAAGUUAGUUUUGGCCAGCUUGAAGUAUUUCGAGAAAAAGCCUUGCUGAUCUGGAUUAUUGGACAGAAGUUCCCAAAAUCAAUGGAAAUUAAUCUUUCUGGAACUGUAACUUUUGGAAGAAAAAGCCAUGAGAAGCAGCCAUUUGACCCAAUUUGUAUUAGAGGCACAGCAUAUGUAAAGUUUUUCACCAAGUGAUACAUUAUGAAUAUCAAUUCUAAAGUAGUUUUUCAACAAGUGACACAUUAUGAAUAUCAAUUUAGAAUGGAUGUGAGGAAGGUAAGCGAAAAAACUGUAGGGCAAAGAAAGCAUUUUAUGGCCAUAUAUUAAUAUUCCAGAUUCAGGGUAAUAGUAAGUUAAUAAUGCUGAGCUAGAAAGAGAAAGGAAGAGAGAAAGAGAAGGGACUGCAGGAAGAGCCAUGAUAAAAGUAAUGCCUCGCCCACUACCUAAGUAAAGGGAAAAAAUAAUUCAAUUAUAAGAUGGUGUUCUUCCAAAAAAUAUGUAACCUAAACCAGACUUACUGCUCUAAGAGGGUAGAGACAUGUGAAUCUCAUUCAUUCAUUGUUUUAUCUAAAACAUGUAGUCCAGUACCUAGCACAUAAAUAUUUGCUGAGUGGAUAAAUAUGUUUAAAAGAAAAUACUGAUAUGGAGAAAUUUGGAAGGGAAUGAGUUUCAUAUUGUAUUUGUUGCUGGUAAUAGCAACAUAUCCCUUUGUAAGUCUCCACGGGGUAGCGAAAAAUCUAAAGCAAGAGCUCAGCUGUAUCUAAAGAAUAAAGCGUUAUCCACAGAUGAAAUAGUUGAGGUAGUAGAAUAAGUUCAGGGAAAGAUAACAGAAAACAUGGGGAACAUUCAGAAAAAUCAAUGAGAGAAUUGCGGGAGUUAUUAGAAAGGUAGCAGGAAAACCUAAAUAGAAUGGUAUUUUAAAAAAUAGAGAAGAUUGGGCAGCGCCUGUGGCUCAGUGAGUAGGGUGCCAGCCCCAUUUAUUGAGGGUGGUGGGUUCAAACCCAGCCCUGGCCAAACUGCAAUAAAAAAAAUAGCCAGGUGUUGUGGCGAGCACCUGUAGUCCCAGCUACUCAGGAGGCUGAGGCAAGAGAAUCGCCUAAGCCCAGACGCUGGCGGUUGCUGUGAGCUGUGACACCAGGGUACUCUACCAAGGGUGAUAAAAUAAGACUCUAUCUCUUAAAAAAAAAAAAAAAAAGAGAGAGAAGAUUGCAAUCUGUACGUAGAGAUAAUUUAAAGGAAAUGGUAGUAAAAUCAGAAGUACACAGGUGAUAGCCCAUUUUUUCUAUCUUGGUUUCACCUAUGUGUACACCUUUGUUUCAAGUAUUAUUAUAAAAAUUCCAAGGGUGGCGCCUGUAGCUCAAGCAGCUAAGAUACCAGCCACAUACACCAGAGCUGGUGGGUUCGAACCCAGCCCAGGCCUGCCAAACAACAUGGCAACUACAACCAAAAAAUAGCCGGACGUUGUGGUAGGCGCCUGUAGUCCCAGCUACUUGGGAGGCUGAGGCAAGAGAAUCGCUCAUGCCCAGGAGUUUGAGGUUGCUGUGAGUUGUUACAUCACAGCACUCUACCCAGGCUGAUAACUUGAGGCUCUGUCUCAAAAAAAAAAAAAGAAAAGAAAAAAAAUUCCUACUUCUAGUAGCUUUCAGAAAAAAAAUGUGAGGUGUUAUUACAUUGUAUGUCCUUCAAAGUACGAAAUUGUGAUUUUUCUAUUCAUUUUCAUUACCUAACCAGGGGUGUCCAACCUUUUUUUUUCUCUGCCAAAACUUGGAAAAAUAAGAUUUGCUUUGGGCUACACAAACACUAAGGAAACCUGAUGAGCAAAAAAAAAAGGUCUAUGCGUACUUUUCACAGUAUCUGAUACCACAGAUAAGCAAAACAUCCCUCAAAUAAUCAACAUGUGGCCCAGGAACCGCAGGUUGGAAACCCUGAGCCCUAACCAGUUACUGUCUCAUCAAUGGCAUGGAUUACAUGUUUGUGUUCAUUGAUUGACUAAAUGAACUUUACAUUACUCAGUCAUGUGGAAAUCAACUGUCUUAACUUUUAGCAUUCAUAAUUAUACCAAACAUGCAAGCAAGAGUCCUUUACUAUCAGAGAUAAUUUGAGUUUCAACAAGAAAAAAAAUUGCUGAGAUCUGAAAGGUACGUCACAUUCUAACUCACAUCCUAUGUCUGUGAUCAGGUAGUUUGGCAGUUAAAGAAGAAAGUUAAGAAAUGGGAAAAUUUUGUAGGGAAGGGAAAUAGGAAAAACAAUAUAGAGAAGAUACCAGGAUGUUACUAAAUCAGGAGCAUUUAGCAGCAGAUAUGAGGACCACAGCAAAAGGAAACUAGAGCUCCAUAAAGCAGAACUUUUCCUAGUUCUUGUGCAUGUCAUUGUAACCAGAGGCACCUGUGACUACUUUCAGAGAAGGAACUAAUGGCUCAGUCUGUUACAGCGCUGUAUAAUAACUGGUUUAUAGUGAUAACCCCACAUUGUCAAUGAAAUUCAAGAACUGUGGAAUUUUUUAGAAAAGUUUUCUAGGUGAGGGAAGGGGUAAUUUCUAAGCUUAGUUCUAUAAAAGUUAAAUUUCACUCUUCUAGAAAAUUAAAGCAGUUCAUUCUUAUCAAACACAAGAUAACCUCAUGUUUUCUGUUUCAGUAAUUGCAUUGCUUGUAUUUUGCUAGAUGUUAGGUUCUAUUCCUGUCAAUGGCGGAAUUCUGAUCUGAGGUGUAUCAUAAUCACUUAGUUCCAGGGAUAAAAGAGAAGGUGCAGUGCACCAGGCAGCAUAGGGCAGGGGUGCCAGCUCUGCUGCUUCCAUGCGGAGACGCUCUCUGCUGCAGUCUUCCAACCUCAAUUCCCACAUUUGGAAAAUGGGGAUACCUUGCAAGUGUUAAGUACUUCAUAAUUACGAAUUUAAAAAGAAAUGGCCCUAAGGCAAAGGGUAGGAAAGUGUGUCUGUGUAUAUGAUGUAUGUCCAUGCACACACAGACGGUUCAAGUUUAAUACUUGAGGGUUUUAUUUUGUGAGCUAUGUGAGAUAAAUUGCCUAAAAUUAUCAAGGGAAAAAAAUGUAACCAUCUUUUUUACAUGAUCACUUCAACUUAACA